CAUGGCGGUAGUAAGGUAACACUAAAUGUUUCGUAACGUUUGUACCGGAGGGACGAAUAUCAUAUGCCUUUCUUUUUCCACCGUAAACCGUCUCGCCGAAAUUAACAUUCAGUUACCGGUAGUUAAGGAGCUGUAUCAUUUAAUAAUCGAUUCGAGUCAACAUUAGUUACAAGCUACUGCUACCCACCAAGGUCAUAACCAAACUGAAAAUACACGUGUAGUUCCUGUAGGCUGAAUCGUAAAGGUGUUUCAGGAAUGGCCGGAUUAAUUAAUUUUGAAGACGAGAAGGAGGUAAAGCAGUUCUUGGAUAAUUUAGGAGUGGAGUACAGCUAUCAGUGCCACCGAGAGAAGGAUCCAGAAGGCUGUCAGCGGCUCGCGGAUUACUUGGAGGGUGUGAAAAAGAACUACGAAGCCACAGCUCAGGUGCUGAAACACAACUGUGAAGUGAAUGGACACGGCGAGAGCUGCUACAAACUGGGGGCGUACCAUGUCACUGGCAAGGGUGGAGUGACUGAGUGUCUGAAGAGGGCCUAUUCUUGCUUUAUGCGAGCCUGUGAAUCGGGGGGUAAGAAAUCAGUGGACGCUUGUCAUAACGUUGCCCUGCUGGCACACGAUGGACGAGCAACGGAUGGGAGCCCAGAAGCGGGCGUGGCCCGGCAGUAUUACGAAAAGGCAUGUGCGCGGGGCUUUGCGCCCAGCUGUUUUAAUCUGAGCGCACUGUACAUUCAGGGUGCUCCAGGGGUCAACAAGGACAUGCAGCUGGCUUUGAAGUUUGCACUGCAGGCCUGCCAGCUAGGACAUGUGUGGGGCUGUGCAAAUGCCAGUCGCAUGUAUAAGAUGGGUGAUGGGACUGCACAGGAUGAAAAGAAGGCAGAGGAACUGAAGAACCGUGCCAAAGAGCUGCAUGGACAGCAGAGGGAGCGCCAGCUGUCAUUUGGGGACUGAGGAAGGGACCACAUCUCUCCAUGCCAAGUUUGAAUAAAGUACAAAAUUAUGUAUGCCAUUGUGCUGUAUAAUUUAAUUCUAAUUUAAACUGUGCACCCACAUUUGUCUGUUCAUCUGUACAUGAAUGAGUGCUUAAUUCAUUCUUGCAUGUCAUCUGUUGUAUUAAAUUAAAUAUUUUAGUGUUGCAUUUUCCCCAGGUACAAUAUAAGGUGACGUGUAAGUGUACUAUGUACAGUUAAACAAUUAAAUGGACAAGCAGACAUUUGUAAGGAAAUAGUGUAUUAAGACUAACUAAUUUGACUAUUUCUGCAAAGCUUAUACUGUAUAACCAAACAAGAAAUAUCUGAGCAAAAUGUUUUUGAGAUAAUCAAAUCCAAAAUUAUGAGAAGAUACAUUGUGGAGAUAUGCUUACACAUAUAUUAAACUUUCUCUCGGUCAUUCAAAAAACAAAACCAAAAAAUAAAACAAUACAAAAAAAACU